AUGGUCCUCAAACUCUACUGCGCUGAUCGCGUCGCCGGUGUCGGCUCCGUUGUCGCCGUCUUCCUUGCCAGCCGCAAGAUCCCCUUCGAGCACAUCGUCACCGUUCCCCCGGCCGGCCAGCCCAAAUCGCCCGAGCUCCUCGCCAAACAGCCCUUUGGCCAGGUCCCUUACAUCGACGACGACGGCUUCAUCCUCUAUGAAUCCCGCGCCAUCUGCCGCUACCUCGACAAGAAGUACCCCGGCAGCGAGCUCACCCCCACGCCCGGCGACAUCAAGGCGGAGGCGCUGUUCGACCAGGCCUGGUCAGUCGAGACAUCCCACUUCCACGCCGCGAUGCUCAAGCUCGUAACUUUCGUCGUCUUCUACCCCUUCUACGGCCGCACCGUGGAGCCCGAGGCCCUCGCUGAGGCCCAGAAGGAACUCGAGGCCAAGCUCGACGUCUACGAGACCAUCCUCAGCAAGCAGAAGUACAUCGCUGGAGACAAACUCUCCCUGGUCGAUCUUUUCCACCUCUCCCACGGCCCGCUCCUCACCCGCUACGCUGAUAUCCGCGUCAUGUACGACGAGAAGCGCCCCAACGUGCUCAGAUGGUGGAAGGAGGUCACCGCGUACCCUGAGUGGGUCCGCCUCGAGAAGCAGGAGGCUAUCAAGUCGAUCCUGUCGUACUAA